GACAGUACCGAGCACGUGUAAUAUUGAAAAGUUAUAGUUUUGUGGUAAGCAACAUGUUUUGAAUAAAGAUUUGGUUUUCAAUUAAAUCAAAAUGAAGAAUAAAUCUUCCCGUCAUAAGGAUUCUAACACAUUUAAGUUUCUUCCAUUUUCGGAGAGAAUUUCUAACAUAGAUGUCGACGUCUUUCAUAAAGUAUCACAUGAAUAUAUUUUAGAAACUGAAGAAAAUGAAACAAUAUUCCAACAAACCAUAAUUAAAUGGAAUGUUAUGAAUUUAACUCAGGGAUAUGAGAGGUUUCAAAAUGAGAUUAGAGCAUAUAAUUAUAUUACUUUACCUCAAUUAUUACUUGUUAAAGACCAUCUUGUUGAAAUACUUUUGAAGCAUAUCCAAGAAGGGGAUCCUUUAUAUUUACAACCACUUUUGGAAUUAUUGGUUGCCUUAGCAAGAGACCUUCAGAAAGAAUUCUAUAAAUAUUUCUCUGAAUCUUUAGAAACACUAAUUAGUUUGCUUGAUACAAAAAAUACUGAACAGCUGGAGUGGGUUUUUACAACUUUGGCAUAUUUGUUCAAAUUUCUUUGGAGAUCACUGGUUAAAGAUAUUCAUUCAGUUUUUACUGUACUCUUACCACUGUUAUCUGAUAGCAAACCUGAAUACAUCAAUAGUUUUGCAGCUGAAAGCUUUGCAUUUGUAGCUAGGAAGGUGAAAGACAAGAAAACUUUUCUAAAUCUUAUUUUAAAGGCAGUAAGGAAUCAACCAGAUGGAGUUUCAGGUUGUGGAAAACUUCUGUUCCAAAUGGUGACUGGGAUUGAUGGACAGUUUCAUAGUUGUGCCGAUACAGUAAUUCCAUUUCUAUUUGAAUCUUUGACAUAUGAAAGUUCAACACAAAGUCUACUUUUUGAAAUCCUAGAGCAUGUGAUAACAAAUAUAGUUAACAAUAUAAAAUCACAGAAAGGAGAUUUAGUAUGGUCAAGUUUUGUAACUGUUUUAAAAGGUCUUAUCAAUAAAUAUAAAACAAACCCAAGUGAUAGUUUGAUAAACAGUAUAAAUUUAAUAUUGAAAUUGGUCGGACAGACUAUAGAGCAUAAAGAAGGCAAAUUCCUUCAAAAACCGUCAUUAAUAAUAGACGUUUUGGUAGAAAUACUAAAUACUUUGAACCAGUCUGAAGAAACAAUAUUACUAAUUUGCCAGAUUGUUAUAGUGUUGUUACUUUCUAAUAAUCUGAAACUUGCUCAAGAACAGACUUCAAUGUUAACCAGAAAAUUAUUAGUUACACCUCAUAAAAAAGUUUUCUUAUAUUUCAUUGAUAACAUUAAAACAUUUUCUUUGUUUGAAGCUUCAAUUUUGCCAAGUUUCUUGAAAUUUUGUGUAAAAAAUGGAUUAGAUAGUGACUGCUUCAAUCUUCUAAUAAAUAUUUUAACAUAUAAAGCUCCAGCUUGUGUUAAUGGUAUGAAUUUAAGCAAAUGGACAAAAUAUCAUUUAGAUUUUAAGGAGGCCAAUAGUACAGUUAUGAGGAUUUUGUUGGAGAAUCUAAAAAAUGAUACUUUUCACUCCAGUUUAUUGUGUUUGCCUCAUUUAACAGCUAAAAUGAAUGAUGUACUGACAAUAUUGGAAGAAAGUCUCCUAAAUUCAAUUAAAAGUAUGAACAAAGCUGAAAAUGAGUCAGAAAAGAAGAAAUUGUUAUUUUUUAUUAAUGUUACAUUAGAGACUAUGAUACAUUUAAAUAUCAAUCAUGACUUACUAUUUAAAAUAUUUAAUGAACAUGUUCUUGAGGCUCUAUUACCUCUUACUAAUAAAACUGAGUAUAUAAGUAGUUUACAAAGUUUUGACUUACUGAUAUCAUAUUUUAAACAAAUUGGAGAGGAGAAAUAUCUUACAAUGGAUAUGUUAAUGAAAAUAAAUAAUGUGAUGGAGAUGAACUUCAGCUCCCCAUUCCAUGAGGUACGGCUUCUAACCACACACAUUUAUACACUAUUUGAACACUUGCCUGAAUUUAAAUUAAAACAUAGUACAGAUCCUGAAGCACAUAUAGAAGAUUGGCAGGUCUUCACACUUAUGUACAAAGUUGAAUCUAUAGAACCACAUGUUCAUACCUACAGAGAUCAAUUACAAUGUUUGGAAAAGUUGAGUUUUGAUAAACCACAGAUGCUAAUGUGUAAACAAACUUCAUUCAGCAUUAUUCCACUCAGGUAUCUUUGCGGAACACUUUAUAUUAAUUUUCAAUUACUCUGGGAACCAGUUAUCAAAAUUAUAGCGUCAUAUGCUACUGGAAUGGAAUCAAAUAUUUUUUGGUCAAUUUUUGGAGAAGAACUUAAAAAUGCCCCCAAAUCAAUUAUUUCUCCAGUUGACUUUACGUUAGUUUCUAUUGAAAUAUCUUGUACUAAAUUAAAAGAAAUGUUUGAUGAAACACUGUUACUUAAAUCCAAGCCUGAUUUUGUAAAUUACAGGCUGUUACUAUGGAAAGCUUUAGUACAUUUUGCUAAUGUUGCUGAAGCAAAAACUAGAGAUAUUUCAGAUUUGUUGUUGGAUUUUAUAUCUACAGAAUAUGUGAUCGCUAACUCAGAAUCACUACCAUCCAUAAGUAUUAAGCAGAAUGCUCACGUGGAAGUAGAUGAAACUUUGGAAAAAGACGAUUCUGAAAUACCUGAAAAACAGCAAAAUAAAAUUAUGCAAAAAAAUAGCAAAUUAUUAAUAAAGACACUAAUUCAGAAAUUGAAUGUUUUUGCACAAUUCAAAAGUCCUCUUUCAAUGUAUCGAGAACCAGAAUUGUACAAAUUGUAUUUCGAUUUACUGCAAAAUAGAGAUUCGGAAGUACAAAAAGCAGCACUUGAUUGUAUUUUCACCUAUAAACAUAAAUACAUGAUCCCGUAUAAGGAGAAUCUAUACAAUAUAGUUGAUGAUAAAAAUUUCAAAAAUGAAAUGACUACUUUUAGGGUAGAUAAAGACAGUAAUUCAGUUCUACCAGAACAUAGGGACGGUUUAAUUCCAAUUGUGAUGCAAAUAGUUUUUGGAAAAAUGAACGUGAAGACAGGCUUGAGAACCGGAGGUAAAUCAUCUAGUCAAUUAAGAAGAAAUGUAGUAUUUAGAUUUUUGGCCGGUUGUCAAGAAAAAGAAUUACUAAGCUUCCUGCAAAAAGUACUCAGACUUUAUAAUAAAUUUCUCGAUGCUGAUAAUGAUCCUACUGCUGUUGUUGAUAAAGUUUAUGAAUACUGCCAGUUGGAGACAUUUUUACCACCAAAGAGGCUAUUGAGUACUAUCAAUAUGUUUGGGGUUAUCCAAGAACAAUGUGGUGGUUUAAUGGGCAAUGAAAUCAUCAGCUAUUUGCUCAAUAUCUUAUUUGUAAUAGGUACCUGCUUAAAGUAUGCAUUUGAUCACAUAAAUCAUGUUCACGCUGGCUACUUCUCGAUCUUAAGAAAUUUAAGAUCAUCUUGCAUUAAAAUAGUAGAGAAAUUCUUUGAUCAUUUCGACCAAUAUCCCUGGACCAACCAACAAAUUAAUGCAAUAUUUACAGUAUUCAUUUGGCCAUACUUGGACAAAUUGAACAUAGAGGGAAUCCAUAGUCCAACUGCCCUACUAAAACUUAUAACACAGUGGGGUUCUAAUCCCAGGUAUUUCCCUUUACUUGUUAAAUUCAAGGAAGGUUACCCUGAGGACUAUAUUUUACCACAAGUAAUGCGUCUUUUGGUUAACGAUAAAAGUCAUAUUUCAGUCGUUAAUGUCAUAGAAGAGAUGUUAGAAAAACUUCUAAGUUUACAACCGGAUGAAGAAGAUAUAAAAAAUUCAAUUCCAGUCGAUAAUGUUUUAUCUAUAGACAAAGAAAUUUUAGAUAAAGUGGGCGUCGUUGAAAAUCUUAAUUUUGGCAGCAUGAUUUUACUACCUCAUGUUUCAGUAAUCCUAUUGAAAAUAGAAAAAAAACUUUUGGCUAAAUCGAAGAAUCUCAAUCAAAAAGAAUUGUUUAUAUUAUCCAGAAUAUCAGAGUUAGUAUGGGAUCCUGAUCUUAGUGAUAAAAUAUUGAAUCUACUUUUACCGGUAGUGUUAAAAAGGUGUACUAAAUCUCUACCAGAAGAAAUAGUUUUGAAAUAUGUAACUACCAUAUUUAAUCUAAUAAGAAAUGUUACUAAACCUCACGUACAUCUGAAGGAAGUAUCGCCACUGUUUUUCGAAAUAACAUAUCCGACUUGUAGGAAAAUUUUGUGUCAAAUUUUACAGGUAAUGUCAAGUAAAACGUUAAGUGAAGAAUUGAGAACAAAUAUGGAAGUAAUAGGAGAACUGAACGCUUUUGAUAAGAAAUGGAUCGAUCAACCCGACUUUGAACGACGUCAUAACGCUUUUAAAACAGCACAAGAACUUUUAUCUGAAAAUAAAAUAUCUAUUUCUCUGGCAGUAUUAAUAAUAUACAAUUGUUGUCAUUUUAUAAACAACGAAAACGAUUUAUCCGCUAGGGAAAGUAGUGCUCAUACUUUGAAACAAGUAGCCGUUUAUGUCACAAGACAAUAUGUCAAACAAGUUGACUAUAUUUUGAACCAAACUAUUUUUAAUAUGAUUAGAACAGGUUUAAAACAUCCCAAAGAUAAUGUUCGUAAUGAAUACAUAUCCUUAUUAGGUAGUCUUGCUAGAGAAUGUCCUGACGCCCAUUUUAUACUUCGUGAUUUAAACAAAUUCACCAAUAAACUAGAUUUGGAAGUGGAUUUCUUUGAAAAUCUGAUUCAUCUUCAAAUACAUCGACACGCUAGAGCACUGUUAAAAUUCUGUCAAAUUACCAAAGAACUAACGGAAACCCUCAACCCAAGAACACUCACUCAAUUCAUUCUUCCUUUGUCUACCUAUUAUUUAUGCAAAGAAAAAUAUUCUGGUAAGAACAGCGUUAUUGACGCAGCGAUAGAAGCAAUUGGAGUUGUAUGUAGGAUAUUACCAUGGCAUCAGUAUGAAGGUGUUUUGAAAUACUACCUGUUAAAGUUAAGUGGCAAAUUGGAUUACCAGAAGCAAUUGGUGAGACUUCUCGUUACUAUUUUGGAUGCGUUUCAUUUCGAUCUUCAUAAUGCGCAUGUAGUCGAAGAUAAACAAGAAUAUAAUGACAAGAAUCUAAGCAAAGAUGAUGCCGCCGAUUGUUCCAUUAAUAAAGAAACAAUACAUGAUGCAGAGGAAGUAGUUGGCUCAGUUGUUAGUGAAGAUAAUGGAAUCGAAGAACAGGAGGUAGAUGAAUUUGUAGAAGGUGAAGUUGAACAGGAUGAUGAGGAAGAGGACGAAGAGGUCGAUCAGGCUAAGUUAAAGGUUAUUGAGAAAAUUACGGUUCUGUGCAAAUCUACAGCGACCAGGAUAGUUAAAACGUUAGAGUUAGUGUUGAUUCCCAAAUUGCACAAGUCAUUGGCGGAAAUGACUCAUCACGAAAGUUCUCACAAAAUUAAUAGAAAGAAAUUGGGUCAUGAAAGAGAAGAAGAAGAUUUAUUACGUGUACCUAUUUCCUUAGCUCUAGUCAAAUUAUUACAGAAAUUGCCGGAGAAUAUAUUGAAGCAAAAUAUUCCUGGGGUGUUUAUGAAAGCCUGUUCAUUUCUAAAAUCUCAUUUAGAAAGUGUACGAAGAGUAGCCAGAGAAACGUUGCAAAACAUAAUGUUAACAUUAGGACCAAAAUAUCUAGAUUCUCUAUUAAGUGAAAUGGCUCCAUUAUUGGGUAGAGGAUUUCAAGUCCACGUCUUAGUGUACACUCUACAUGGUGUCCUGAAUUGUUUGAAAGACCAUUACCAACCCACAGAUUUGGACAAAAUAUUAUUGACAGUUUUAAAUUUAUGUAUGACGGACAUAUUUGGAAUUUUAUCAGAAGAGAAGGAAGUAAAUAAAAUAGCUGUUAAGGUAGCUGAAGCACGUCAAUCAAAAUCUUACGAUACCUUACAGAUUUUAUCUCGAUAUAUAACUGAAUCGUGUCUUUUAGACCUAAUCCUUCCAAUUAAACAAGUCCUUGAAUCCUCCCAUUCUUUCAAGACUGUUCAUAAAGCCCAAGAAGCAUUAAGAUAUAUCGCAUUCGGCUUGGUAGACAAUACAUUCAUAACUCCAGAGUCUUUGUUAAAAUUCGCUUAUGGAACGUCUUCUGAAAGUAUUCCCCAAUUGAUCCCCAAGAAACUUGAGAAAAAAACUGAAAAACAACUCGAAAAGAUGCGCAGAGAAAAGGAAGACUGCUUCAUUAUAUCGAAAAUAGCCGGAAAUCGAGAUUUAUAUAGAUUACAAAAUGUUAAAACUUCUAUUAAAACUAACGCCCAUGUGCUAGUUGAAUUUGGUUUGAGGUUAUGUUUCGUUAUGCUGAAGAGAGAUAAAGUUAAAGACGAAAGUUACAGAAUGUACAUUGAUCCCUUCAUUAACGUCUUUCAUAAUUGUUUAAAAUGCAAACACGUCAAGUUAUGUACUUUGACUUUACAGUCGUUGGUAUGGGUUUUAAAAUAUGAUAUGCCUUCAUUGAGAAGACACAUCAAGUCGAUCACUAAAGACAUAUUUGGAAUUUUACAUAAAUACGCUUCGGCUGGUCUUAGUAAAGGUGACAACUUUGAUUUAGUAGUGGCUGCAUUCAAGGCAAUGGCAGUUUUAGUACGAGAAGUAACGUACCAUACCAUUGACACGAACCAAUUGAAGAUUCUCUUAUUAUACGUCGAACAAGAUAUCCACAAUUACGAGAGACAAGCCACUGCUUUUAAUUUAUUGAAAGCUAUUUUAUCAAGAAAAAUUAACGCUCCGGAAUUAAGCGACGUUAUGGAAAAAGUAGCGGAAUUGAGUAUAACCUCUGAAACUGAUCACGUUCGUGUACAGUCUAGGGCAGUUUUUCACCAAUUUAUAAUGGAUUACCCAUUGGGAGAUAGGGUUGAAAAACAUUUGAGUUUCUAUAUUUCGCAGUUGGACUAUGAAUUAAGGUACGGAAGAGAAUCCGCAAUUGAGAUGAUCAUGACUCUAAUAAACAGCUUUCCUUUGGCAGUUUUAAAAAAUCAUCGAUCAACAUUACUUAUAACAUUGGCAGCUAGAUUAAUAAAUGAUGAUGAACCAGAAUGCAGAAGAAGAAUAGCAGAAUGUAUAACUCUGAUGUUAAAAAGAUUACCAAAAGCGGAUCGAGAUUUACUUUUUGACAUUGUCGUAUCGUGGCUUAAAGAUAAGAACAUCAACCAUCGAAGACUAGGAGCCCAAAUUUGCGGAUUUUUCGUUAGUUUAGAAGCAUCCACUUUCGAAACUCGAUUACCCUUAGUAAUUCCGUUACUUAUGAAACAAUUUGGUAUCAAUAACUCUCCAGGAAAAUUUGUGAAAGUAGAAAAAACUAACGAACAACUCACCGAAGAAGAACAACGAACAAAAGAUCAUUAUUUGUUCCAAAUGUUCCAGCUUUUAUUAAAACUCUGCGCAGGGUGUCCUUCAUUUUUAACACGAAAAGAAUGUAUAGAAAAUUUGGCGGUGCAGGCUCAAUCAUUUUUAGCUUAUCCUCAUGAUUGGGUGCGAUUGGGCGCUGCACAGUUUAUAGGUUACGUUUUAGCUCAAUUAGAUGUAAAUCAUUUAAGGAAGUUGUUGAUGGAAGGUCAGUCUGAAGAGAGCGGAUAUUUAUGCAAUGAUCCUGUUACUGCUGUCAAAUCUCUUACUUUGGACUUGUGCGAUCAACUGCAACCCAUGAAUAUCAAGAGUGAUCUUGCCGAACAGGUGGUGAAAAAUUUGGUAUUUAUCGCUAAAGUUUUGCAAACGAUUCCAGCCGUUGAAAAUAAACCGAAUUUAUUGUGGUUAGCUAAACGUAUGCGUAAAAUUGUGAAUACAGAAAUUGUCGAAAAUGCUUCCAGUACAACUUUAAGAACGGAGGUUUUCAAAUGGAUUGCCGGUGUUGCCACAGCGUUAGAAACUGAAAAUAUUUUGCCGAUAUUGCAUCAUUUGGUGGGACCUUUGGUCAGAGAAAUGGCAACUACAGAAGAAAAAAAUGCUCCGCUUAGACAACUAGCCAAAGAAGUGUCUAAUUUUUUGAAGACAAAAGUAGGUGUAGAUGUUUACACAGAAACUUUGUUAAAACAACAACAAAAUUUGUCAGUUAAAAGAGCCGAAAGAAAGAGGUCGAGGACACAACUAGCUGUUACAGAUCCCGAAAGCUUUGCUAAGAAGAAAAUUAAGAGACACGAAAAGAAGAAAGAAGCUAAAAAGAGGAAAAUAGAAAGUUUGAAAGGAACUAAAAGAAAUUUCAAAAGAAGGAAAACUACUAUCGAUUUAGAAAGUUCUGAAAUAAUUUAAUUCAUUCAUUUUUAGGAAUAAAAAACAUUGUAUAUACUUGUAAAUAGUUAAUAAAAGU